UUCAUAAACAAGCGAUAGAAAAAUCGAAAAAAAUAGGAAAAAAUAAUCAAUUUUCUUUCUUACCGGUCUUCGCAAGUCUUCUUCUCCAAACUCCGUCGUCCCCAAAAUCGAAGCGAAGAUGAUGCACAUGACCUUCUACUGGAGCAAGGACGUGACAAUCCUGAUCGACUCUUGGCGGACCACUUCAUGGACGAGUUACUCCCUCACGCUAAUCGCCUGCCUCAUCGUCUCGGCCUUCUACCAGUACCUCGAGGACCUUCGCGUGCGGCUCAAGACAGCGUCGUCUUCAGCCGCGAAAGCCUCUUCGCCGGCGCCGAUCCAAACUCCGCUGCUCGGUGCGAAGCUCGGCGGCGCCGGAGGGAGGUUCUCGGCGGCUCGGCUUGGUGGAGCCGUGCUUUUCGGGGUGAACGCGGCGAUCGGGUACCUGCUGAUGCUGGCGGUCAUGUCGUUUAACGGAGGCGUGUUUGUGGCUAUCGUUGUGGGGCUCGCGAUUGGCUACUUGGCGUUUAGGAGCGGGGACGAUGAUGUGGCAGCAACUGUGGUUGAUAAUCCUUGCGCUUGUGCUUAGAUUUUAGAUAUGAUCAAAAGCUUGCAAUUUGCUUUGCAGAUUUGCCGUUUUCUCUAUGAAUCUGUAAUGUAAUUUUCUUACUAUAUAAAAUCUGAAUGGUUGUGAUUUGUGCUUAAUUUCUAA